UACGCGACCCGGUCAGAUUUCGCGUUCUCUUCGAUAAUUCAAACGGCGGCGUUGAGGCGAAUCAAAUCGCUCGCUCACCAAAGAGAAGACCAGAAAACCCAGAAGAAGAAGAAAAUGGCGGCGGCGAAGAUCGCACCGUCGAUGCUGUCGUCUGACUUCGCCAAUUUGGCCUCAGAAGCCGGUCGUAUGCUCCAGUGCGGCGCCGAUUGGCUCCACAUGGACAUCAUGGAUGGGCACUUUGUCCCAAAUCUUACAAUUGGUGCUCCAGUCAUUCAGAGUCUGAGAAAACACACCAAGGCAUAUUUGGACUGUCACCUUAUGGUCACGAAUCCGGUUGAUUAUGUGGAAGCGUUUGGAAAAGCUGGUGCUUCAGGUUUUACAUUUCACGUUGAGGUAUCCAAAGAUAACUGGCAAGAACUUGUUCAACAAAUUAAGUCAAAGGGCAUGAGGCCUGGUGUGGCAUUAAAGCCUGGAACACCCAUUGAGGAAGUGUAUCCACUGGUUGAAGGUGAAAAUCCUGUGGAAAUGGUUCUUGUUAUGACUGUGGAACCUGGAUUUGGUGGACAAAAGUUUAUGCCAGAAACAAUGGAUAAGGUACGCGCACUGAGGAAGAAGUACCCAUCACUUGAUAUAGAGGUGGAUGGUGGUUUAGGGCCUUCAACCAUAGACGUGGCAGCUUCAGCAGGAGCAAACUGCAUUGUUGCAGGGAGUUCAGUGUUUGGAGCUCCUGAGCCCGCUCAAGUUAUAUCCCUUAUGAGAAAGAGUGUGGAGGAAGCCCAGCGACUCAAAUGAUAAAAGAGACAGGCAAGAAACUUGAUGAUCAAGACUUGUAAUUUCAUUUACUGUAUGUACAUUAGCGAUCUGUUUGAUGUUUUUAAAAUCAUAAAAAUAAAGCAAAAUGGUAUGAGUCAUUGGUGUUGUUGCUCUACCAUGUUAUCUCUGUACUUUGACAAGCAUAUGCCAAUUGGCUUACAUGAGCAAAGGUCUAAAUUGAACCAUAA